CGCGUUCAAGUCGAACAAAGCGCAUACUUAUUAAUGGUUUCUUGAGAUAUUGSUAACGGACCCCUGCUCGUCAAGUUCCRCUUGUUUUGUGGAUUUUUGCCUCAAUUAAUUCAUUGGCAUCGAUAGGGACCAGCUAUUCGUAGAACUGKCCACAUUCUUCUUCUGUUUUCCUUCGUGUGGCGGGAAAACAAAUACMCCAUCAAUUCAUCGAUACAUUUCUCAAAAGAGUGAAAAUUUUCACCGAGAUUUGUAAAAUCUGAAACAAUGGAUACAAACCGCAAAAAUCAAGUCUUGAUAGACCUCGACGACCCUAACAUGGAAACGCACGAACUCUCUCGCGACUCAACCACUACGACAAAUGUACAACAUUCGACUGUUUAUAUCGAAGAGAUCGAUUCCGAUCAGACAGCUUUUAAAUCCAAGUUUGAAGAAGCGCAAUUGAAUCUGUUCGAUUUGGAAAAAGAGCUUCGCCUUACUCGAGACAAGCUUAAUACUCUGCAAGGAGCUUGCGAAACCACAGAGGAAAAGUUGGCUUUACUGAAAGACGCAACAUUUUCUUAUCAAAGUAUCGUAUCGAAGCAUGAAAUAACAUUCAAAACAGUCACUGAAGAAAAUCGAGUUUUGAAAAUACGAUUAAGCAAGAUGGAAGACCUGGAGAAAGAAUUAGACGAAGAGAAAGAUAAGAAUAGUGUCCUUAGUGAUAGAGUGAUGGUGCUAGAAAGAGUCAAAGAACAUGCUAAUGAAGAAAUAGACCGUCUUACGCUGCAGUUGAAAGAGCUACAAGGAAAAUCGGAUGCAGACAUCGAUGCGUUGCGUGACAAAAUCAAAGAGUAUGAGCUCACAUGCGAAAAUCUUCAAAACGAUCUCGAUCUGAAGGAAGAAGAGUUAAUCAGACUAAAACUUCAGCAUGAAUCAGAUGUAGGUGACCUCAARAUAGCACUGAAACAGAAGCAUGAAGAGUACAUCGUCCAUGCUGAGAAGAGCGAGACUUUAGCAGCAGAGUGUGACAUACUCCGUCAAGACAAAGCCACCGGCGAAGAAAAUCUACUGAGAGAAAUAGAGUCUUUAAAACUCAAAUACGAUCAAAUCGAUGGAGAGAAGGGAGCCCUUGAAAAAGAAAAAGAGGAAAUUUAUUAUGAGCUGAACGGAUUAGAGGAAAGACUCAAAGAUCUUGAAAAACUCCAAGCGGAACGUUUUGAACUCAAAAAAGACAACGACGAGCUCCGAAUAAGAAUCGAGAUUCUCGCAAAGGAAAACAAAGACCUUYAAGAUAAGAAAGCAGAACUCUUGGAUGAAAUUGAUAAAUUAGAAGAUCGCCUGAAAGACCUCGACGGUCUUCAGGAUGAUCGCGACGAUGUCGUAGUGCAACUCCAAGAAUUGAAAAGAAAAUACGAUGAAGUGCUUGCCGAGAACUCUGAUUUUUGUGAUAAAUUCAACCUGAUGGAUGACGAGAUCUCGAGGCUGAAACGCGAUCUUGAUGAAGUAAGCGACUUGAAAAUAAAGCUAGAAAGGCUACAAAAAGAAAAGCGAGACCUCGAGGAUAAUGAAAGAAAACAGAAGAACAAAGUCAAUGAACUUGAGCGAGAACUGAGAACCGCGAAACGAGAAAAGGACGAUCUUGCUGAUCGACUCGUCAUCGAGAAAGAAAGAGGCGAAGAAAGCGCAAAAAAGYUCACAGAACUAAAAGCACGUAUCAGAGAUCUCGAAAAUGAUCUCCGAGACAAGGACAGAAAGAUUAAAGAAUUGGAUGAUGAAACUAAGAAGAUGGAAGAGGAACUUGACAAUCUGAAUGACACGCUAGAGAAAGGUAGAGCUGCAUAUGAUAAGAUGUCUGAUAAAGUGGAUGAUCUGGAAGAUGAGAAUGAAAAACUUCGGCAGGAGCUGGAAGAGAUGAAGGCCAAGCAWCAGGAAGAGGUUAUCGUUGUUGAAGAAGCUCCUGUAGCUGCAUCAGCUCCAAUCAUUGACUUGACAGAAGAUCUUGAGGCUGCGAACAACGACAAAAAGCGACUUCAAGAAGAUCUGGAUAAGAUGAAAGACAAYUACGACUUGAUGUACGAAGAUUUCACAAAAAAGAUCAAAAUCCUAGAGGAUCGCUGCGAAACGCUGAAGCAAGAAAUCAUUGACAAGGAAAUGAUUAUAGCACAACUUAAACGCGAUGAAAUCCGUUAUCAAGAAAGGAUCAAAGAACUGGAGCAAAAACUCGAAAAUGGAGGAGAUCUUGCCGAUGAAAACGAWGUGCUCCGUAAGCAAAUCAAGAAAUUGGAAGAAGAAGUUCAAUUCCUAACCGAAGAAUUGAAAAACACAGAUGACAUUUCAAUUGAUGAAAUCGCAGAACUCGAAAAGGAYGUCAAACUCCUUAAAGCAAAGAUUCAGGACCUCGAAAGACAAGCCAAAGAGGAUGAGAAAGAAAUAGAYAGGCUUAGAAAACGCUCAAAAGGAGAUGAUGAAUGGAAAACACAGUACAAUAGCUUGAAGAUCCAGUUUGAUAGUUUGGAGCGAGAACGAGAUUUCAUCAAACGCGACAAAGACAGACUUCACAAAGAGUACACAGAGGUCGACGAUGAGCUGCAAAACAUCCGCACGAAGCAUAGUAGAACCAAGAAGCAACUCGAUGAAGCUAACAUCGAAAUUAAUACAUUYCGAAUUCAAGUUAGAGAGCUCGAGAGGAGCCAACGACCAGAAACCCACCGAAGUGAAAUAGCAGAGCUGAAGAGAAUCAUCAACGACAAGGAAGAGGAAAUUGAGGAAUUGAGACACGAACUGCAAGGAAUCGAUGGCGAGGAAUGGCCACAAAAGUAUGAAUCUUUGAAACUGAAAUACGAAGAAAUAGAAGACGAGAAAGACUCUCUGAUUAAAGAAAAAAGUGAACUGCAAAAAGAACUGCGAACUUCAGCCGAGAAAGUUGCCGAGCUGGAGAUAAAAUUGAACAACGGAACUGGUGACGAGAAACGACUGCGGGAGGAAGUGCGUACCUACAGAUCGAAGGUAUCAGAACUAGAAAGAGAUAAGAGAGAUGACCAGCGCACCAUUGAAAAGCUYCGAAAGCGUAUUGCUGAGCUGGAAGAAGAAAUCAGACGUCUGAAGGAACUUCUGAAGAACGCAGAUAACGAUAACAAGAAGAAUGAAGAUUUGCAAAAAGAAGUCGGUGAUCUCGAAAAAGAAGUCAUCUUGCUGACCACCGAAGUAGAAGACAAAACUACAAAAAUCAAAGAUUUGAGUGAUCGCAUUAAGGAACUCGAAGAACGUCCAGAACCUGAAAAGAUAAAAGUAGUAGAGCAAGUUUUCUCUCAGUCUCUCCCUGACGGCGGACAACCGUUCAUGGAAUUUGAGCCUAUUCCAAAUGAGACUUCAAACCUCAUCGUUGAUGUGAUGAACUACCCGGAGAUGAUCACACUUGGAGUUCUUUUACGUAGUAAGCAGCGUGGAGUAAGCCGUGUGCCUAUCAGAGGAAGGAUGCUSUCGGAGUAUGAAUUUACCGUAGAACCAUUACCAGGUACUGUGUUGGUAGGGGAACCAAUAGCCGUGAAGGUUGAUGUUAAAGAAACACCCUCACUGCAGCAACCUGACCGAAUUGACGGUGACCAAAUAUCCCCCGUCAUGGUGGAGGUCUCSGAGAGCGUUCCUGAUCCUCUUCUUGCUGAACCAGAACGUAGUCCUUCGCCUGUUGCACUGAAACUGAAAGCAACUGAAGUUAGUCCGUCACAAGCUCAAAUCAUAGACAUUGGAGAACCAGAUGAUCAGCAUACUGGAGCAUUCCAACCAGUUCCACAAAGAGAUCAGUCAAUGAUUGUCCCACGCGGAAAGCUUGUGCCAAUUAGAGCUGUAAUUCGUGACAARACAGUUGCAGUCCAAAAAGCUGAGCCCACGAUGUUGUCUCCGGAGGAUUCAGUCUUUGACGAUAGAAAUUUCAAACCUGUUGAUAACGGAAGACCAAAGUCAUUUCAUGCUGGCGACACAAGACGACAACAACCAGAACCAGAGCCCGGUUAUUCUAAUGGCUACGCUGAUGACGUUAUCUAUCCAAGAGAGCUUUACCAACGGUAUCAGGAGGAAAGAGAAGUCAAAGCUGUUAAACCGUCGGAAUUCGACCCAACCAUUGACUACAACCAGAACGUCGACGACGGAGUCAAGCGAGAGAAAACUUGGAAGUCAGUCGAGGAGUUAACACCUAUGGAACGACAUCGAUUGUCAACAGCAGGUUCCGAGAAGGACCUCGGGCGUCAACAAGAACCUGUUGUAAGAGAGGUGAGAAAUGAAGUCCAGGAAAGUGCACCAACGCUUGAAAGUACACCAACUGAAGGGCGUCCAGAGCAUCGUUACUCUGUGGACGAUCGAAUGAUGAGACAACGAAGACAAGAUCAUCGUGAUGGRGGACAUAGAGAUGAUCGUCGACGCCGUGAUGACCCAAGGUAUCCAGAUGAAGAUCCAAGGCUUAGGAGAAGAGACGAAAACAAACCAAUACGUAGAAACAAAGAAGAGAGACGYUCGUUCGACGAACGAAGAAUGAAGGCUGCAAGGAAACAAAUGGAGAGAGAAGAAGCGGAACGAAGAGGAGAACGUCAGGGUUAUGGUUGGGACAGAAGUUUAAUAGACCAUAGACCACCUCCGAUAAAGCAGAAACCCGAUGCGGUUGCGAUGUGGCUGUGAAUUCAGUGAUUUUAGGAAGAUGCAUGUUCUACAGAUCCAUCCAAAGAAUUGAACCGACGUCCAAUUAUUUAUAAGACUUUUUUUCAUUUUCAUGAGGAAUAUCAUGAAUGACAAAUAGUUAUUAUUAUUAUUACUAAGUAAGCACAUAAUGACGGUACAAGUCGUACCUUUUUGUUUUAUUAACUGUAAACGUAAUUAAAGCAGGCGGUCGAGAUACAAGGUAGACUCCAGUGCACCCAUUCUAUUGUCGUCAAUAGAGUAAUUCUCGUUCUGCGUGACGACGCUAACAUUUUUAUAAAAGUGUUACUUUACCAAAACAAAAACCUUCUUGAACGGCCAAAAAUUCAAAGUUUUAUCUUGAUUUUUGUUAUCUUUGAAUCAUGUGUUGUCUGAGUUAACGACCUGACUUAACUCAAUCCCCACACGAUUGGWGGAUGGAAGGCAAAAAUCGAGGAAAAGAACUUGAAGGUUGACUCUAAACAUAGUUUAUAGAUUUUUGAGUAAUCGCAAACGUGAUUUGAAAGGGUUUUACCUCGACAAAUUCAUUGAACACAAGUUGGAAAUAUUUUUAUAUGCCAUAGGAUAGAAUAUUUUGAAACAUUAGCCUAGACAUUUAAUCUUUAGAAAGAUUUUACUUAUACCUGACAUUCAGUAAACAGAACGUAUUUUAGCUUUAAACAUUCGCCAUUACAGCAUAUUCAAAAACGUUGAAAAGUGAGUAGAGAAAAGCACCAGUGUUGUUAUUUUGCGAUCAUUUUUUAGAUUUUCCAUCGAAUUAUAUACACCUAUUCAAUUCUAAAAGAAAACGAAAUGCAACAACAGCAACAGCAUUUUUAAGCACGUUCAUUACUCAAAGUUGUUGGAUUUUUAAUAGCUGUAUCGUAAUAAUAAAUUGUAUCGUAUUUCUGACCAUGUCAUACUCGCAAUAUAAGCACGCUCUGAAUAGAUUGAACAGUACUGUUCCAUUGUAUAUGUUUUUAAAAUAGCACAAUCACUUGUUAACAAGCUCUUUGUAUUCCAGUAUUCAAUCGAUAAACUAAACUUGCAAUAAAAUGGUGUGACCAUAA